AUGGUAUCAGAGGCAGGUCCCAGUGUGCUUCCUCAACUCUCCGAUCUAGUCAACAAAUCCGUCAAACGUACUCGUGCUGUAUACGCAGCCGAAGGAAGGGAGAUCGAUGAUGGUUUAUCCAGAGCGAACAAGAUAAAACUGGCAACGAAAUUAGCUGCAGAGUAUAGAGAUGUUCAAACUCUACCUCCCGUACUACAAAGUCAGCAAGCCGGUCCUACUGGACCUAAACGACCUCAAUCUGGCCUUGCACCUUCACCAGGUGUGGGACCAGGGGUCAAACUCAUCGGCGGACCUACAUCUUCUUCCACAUCGACAAACGGUCAUUCUGCCGUCGCGGAACCCCGCAGUCUAGUGAAAUAUAGACAUCAACAAGGAUUUUCUGCUGAAGGUGGUCAAGCCGCGUCUAGACUCUCACAAGCUCUCAUGAGGAAAAAAGAAGCACGGGAGAUCAAGCCGGAGUAUCAUGCGCAAUGGAAACUUUCCAGGGUGAUUUCGGGUCAUAUGGGUUGGGUCAGAGCUUUGACGGUGGAUCCGGGCAAUCAAUGGUUUGCCACUGGUGCAGGAGAUAGAGUCAUCAAGAUUUGGGAUUUGGCAUCAGGAGAGUUGAAGUUGUCUCUCACAGGACACAUUUCUACUAUUCGUGGAUUGGCUGUGUCGGAGAGACAUCCCUACUUGUUCUCAUGUGCCGAGGAUAAGAUGGUUAAAUGUUGGGAUUUGGAGGUAAAUAAGGUCAUUCGACAUUAUCAUGGACAUUUUUCUGGUGUCUACAGUUUAUCCGUUCACCCAACCCUCGAUAUUUUAUGUACAGGCGGUCGAGACGCUUCUGUCAGAGUAUGGGACAUGCGUACACGUGCAAACAUCUUUACCCUCACUGGUCAUACCAACACAGUGGCAGAUGUCAAAACACAAGAUUCGGAUCCUCAGGUAAUCUCAGGCAGUAUGGACAGUACCAUUAGACUAUGGGAUCUGGCAGCUGGGAAAUGUAUGACGACAUUGACCCAUCAUAAGAAAAGCGUUAGAGCUUUGGCGAUACAUCCCACAGAAUAUAGUUUUGCUAGUGCCAGUGCUGGUGGCAAUAAUAUCAAAAAGUGGAAAUGUCCAGAAGGUACUUUUGUACAUAAUUUCUCUGGUCACGAAGCUAUCAUCAACACUUUAUCUCUUAAUCAAGAAAAUGUCUUAUUUUCGGGUGCCGAUAAUGGGACAUUAACAUUAUGGGAUUAUGCUACUGGAUUACCUUUCCAACAUCUCAAAGAUAUUCCUCAACCUGGUUCGUUAGAUGCGGAAGCAGGAGUGUUCUGUUCUUCUUUCGAUAAAACGGGUACGAGGUUGAUCACUGGUGGUGCGGACAAGACUAUCAAAGUGUAUUCUGAACAGACGUAG